AUGUGGGAGACCCAUCGAGGGAGACCCAUCGAGGGAGACCCAUCGUGGGAGACCCAUCGUGGGAGACCCAUCGUGGGAGACCCAAUGUGGGAGACCCAAUGUGGGAGACCCAAUGUGGGAGACCCAUCGUGGGAGACCCAUCGAGGGCGACCCAUCGAGGGAGACCCAUCGAGGGAGACCCAUCGAGGGAGACCCAUCGAGGGAGACCCAUCGUGGGAGACCCAAUGUGGGCGACCCAUCGAGGGAGACCCAUCGAGGGAGACCCAUCGAGGGAGACCCAUCGAGGGCGACCCAUCGAGGGAGACCCAUCGUGGGAGACCCAUCGAGGGAGACCCAUCGAGGGAGACCCAUCGUGGGAGACCCAUCGAGGGAGGGAGACCCAUCGAGGGAGACCCAUCGUGGGAGACCCAUCGAGGGAGGGAGACCCAUCGAGGGAGACCCAUCGUGGGAGACCCAUCGAGGGAGACCCAUCGAGGGAGACCCAUCGUGGGAGACCCAUCGAGGGAGGGAGACCCAUCGAGGGAGACCCAUCGUGGGAGACCCAUCGUGGGAGACCCAAUGUGGGAGACCCAUCGAAGGAGCUCCAUCGAGGGAGACCCAAUGUGGGAGACCCAUCGAGGGAGACCCAUCGAGGGAGACCCAUCGUGGGAGACCCAUCGAGGGAGACCCAUCGAGGGAGACCCAAUGUGGGAGACCCAUCGAGAGCGACCCAUCGAGGGAGCUCCAGCGAGCUCCCGGGCCACAGGACCGAAAGCUAUUCCCUCCAUCCAGGGGACCACGCAUUAA